UUUGUCUGAAUAAAAUUUACUAAUUUAUGUAUUUUUAUAACUAAUGCGGAGAAUCGGUGGAUUUUCAUUCUUCAUUGUAAGUCUUUGCCUAUGUCUACUCUUAUUUAUAGUAAAUAUAUCCUUCGUACUUAUAAUAAUAUUUUUAAAAAAGGAAGAAAAUUUAAUAUGUUGUGCUUCUUAAGUUAAAAUGAUAGUAUAUAUUGUAAAUUUUACAAAAAAAAAAAGUAAUUUUCUGAUAGACGGGAUGCAAAUUCAGGAAUAUCGCCAUUUUUUUUCUCGCUCAUUUUUCAUUUUGUACGCUCAUAAAACACGUGUCUCUUUGCUGCUUGAUACGAAAGAGGCGACGCCUCAAAAUGCGAAUGAACUGGGUAUUUUCCAGAUUAUCCCCGCGAGUUUCAUCAUCCAAUUUUCCGAAAAUGAUAAAUCCAAAAAAUAAUAAAAGUAUAGGAAAAAAACAAAAAUACAGAAAAUUCCUCCAAUCCUGCACCGCCGCGCCGCCGCCGCUCCCGCUCUUCCUCUUCUCAGGGGCAGAAGCAAUGGCGUCGGCGCCCUCCAUGCUGAUGUACUACUCUCCCUCCUCUCUGAACCCAAACCCUCGCCGUGUCCUGCGCCUCCACCUACGACCCUGCCCCGACCAGCCAUCCCCUCCCCGGCGACGGCGACGGCGACGAUCCACAACAUCAGGGACGAGGCUCUCCGCCAAGUACGUCCCCUUCGGCUGCGACUUCACCGCCUCCGAGUCCUACUCGCUCGACGAGAUCGUCUACCGCAGCCGCUCGGGCGGCCUGCUCGGCGUCCGGCACGACAUGGACGCCCUCAAGAAGUUCGACGGCUCGUACUGGAGGAACCUCUUCGAUUCACGCGUUGGCCAUGAGCCAGCCUCCGUACAUUGGUUGGGUAGUCCGCCGUCUCCUCUCAAAGCCUCCUCCUUUCGAGCCAGGGGACUCGCAUCGCCCCGAUGCUCCACUGCGACGGUUGACCGAGCAUCUGCUUUAAUGGCGAGCGCGAUUCCGGUGGCCUCCACCGCCGCUCCGCCCAUCGACGCUGGAUCGUCGGUUCGGAAGCCGAUCAGCUUGUGGCCCGUUACGUACUUCUCUCGCCCGUCACCAACGCCUCGUGGGAAGCGAGAUCCGAGACAUUCGAGGAAGUCGGCGAUGCCGGUGCGGCCGAGAGCGCUGCGUCGCCGGAGAGCGAAUUGGCUCCGAGGAGUCCGUCUAGGAGGAGGGCGAGCGUUUUCUACAAGUUUUCUAGGUGAUUAUGUGCUCGGAGAUCAGUGUAGGAAUCCUUGGAAGGAGAUCAGGAUGGGGAAGCUGGUGGAAGAUGUCGAUGCUCUCGCUGGGGCUAUAUGCUGCUUUUAGGUAAAUUAAACCGACCUUUGAACAAGUAUCGGAUGGUAAUACUUUUGUUUCUGGUUCUGAAUGUGGUGCCAUUGGUUUUCUGCGAUGCUUCUCCAGCUUAAAUUUCUCGGUUUGAAUGAUCGUUCAAUGGUUCAAAUGUGGUUUUAACCGAAUUUUGAUCGUUUUUGUCCCUGCAUACUGUGUCAUUGUAAGAAAGAGAGUUCCUAUGGGCUUUUCCUGCAGAAGAUGAAUUGCAUAUGAUGUCAUUGACACUGCUAGAGUUAGGUAAUACAGUCAAAUGGUGCUUCAAUAAAUUCCUGACAUAAAACUGACAGUUGCCGGUGCUUAGUCGGUGGGUGAUCAGUUCUAGUAUUCUGAUAUUCGUCGUUUGAAUGUCAAGUCCUUGUUUGAAUAAUCUAGAAUUGGUCAUCUGGUAAUUAGAGAACCUAUUGUAACAACAUGAUGCUGCUUUGCUGUAAGAAGUACUUUGUCUCAGUCAUUCGUAUAUGUGCAUAUCUAAAUUCUCAUCAAUCUUUGUCCAUGUCGAGUUCUGCAACCAGAAGGUUAAUGCCUAAGUUCUCUAGUCAUUAGCCGUAGUUCAUAUAGUGUGGGAAUUCAUUAUUUGAAUCGUGUGUAACAGAACAUCCCCAUUGUAUUCAGCCGUUUGCUUUGGGACUAGCAUUGCUCCAUCGACAAUAGCAACACAAGGCCUCUAUUAUUAGUUGCUGCUUCCCUACGCAGAAUGUUUCUCACGAGGCCAAUCCAUAUUGACAUUGACUUGCAAAUAGUGCGAGCUGUUACAUGGGCUGGGUGCUCGUCAAUGGAGAUCCACCUGGAAGUAACUCAGUCCACAGAAGAAAUCCAGGAUUCCUCAUAUUCAGUUGCACUUACUGCCAAUUUCACAUUCGUGGCUCAUGAUUCUAGACCUGGGAAAUCAGCUCCAAUUAAGCCCAUCUCCCCUGAGAUAAAAAGAGAAAAAUUACUUUGGCAAGAGGCAGAAAAGAAGGAAUAAAAUGAGGAAAAAGGAGAGAAGAAUGUAGCAUAGAUACUAAGGGGGAUAACUUGUCCAGGCUCCAAGCUUUGUUUGCUGAAGUUCGUGUCUUCUGUGAUAUGCCUACACUGGCAGACAGUGAUAUCAUUCCGAGAAGCGACACUUGUUUUGAGAACUCAUUAAUAUGCCAUUCACAGCAAAGGAAUAUUCAUGGGAGGGUAGUUGGAGGAUUUUAAUGUGAAUGCCUUUGCUGGUUUGUCAAUCUGGUUCUUUGAAGUUGACCAUGUUGAAUUCUUGAGACCUGUAAGUACUCAUCCAGCGCAUGAGGUAUUUCUACAUCUAGCUGCUGCUGUUGCAUG